AUGGACAGUAAAAACCACACAAGCGCUUCAGAAUUCAUCCUCCAGGGAUUGUCCGACCGGGCGGAGCAUCAGCAGCUCCUCUUCGUGCUGUUCCUCUGCAUGUACCUGCUCACAGCCCUGGGAAACCUCCUCAUUAUCCUGGCGAUCAGCUCUGACCCACACCUGCACACCCCUAUGUACUUCUUCCUCUGCAACCUCUCCCUGGUUGACCUCUGCCUCGCCUCCAACACAGUCCCCAAGGUGCUGGCCAACAUCCAGUCCAACAGCAUAUCCAUCUCCUACACCUGCUGCCUGACCCAGAUGUAUUUCUUCCAUUUCUUCGGCAUCAUGGACAGUGUCCUCAUCGCCGUGAUGGCAUAUGACCGCUUUGUGGCCAUCUGCCACCCCCUCCACUACACCUCCAUCAUGAAUCCACGGCUCUGUGCCCUGAUGGUGGCUCUGCCCUGGAUAUUCUCUGGCCUCAUCUCCCUGGCACACACCAUCCUGAUGUCUUGUCUCAGCUUCUGUGCCGCCAAUGAACUCCCUCACUUCUUCUGCGACCUCACCCCCCUGCUGCGGCUCUCCUGCUCCGACACCACGGCCAAUGAGGCCCUGGUGUUCAUCGUCGCUGGGGCCGUCAUCGCUGCCCCUUUCAUCUUCAUCCUCGCUUCCUACGCCCGUAUCGUGUUGGCCAUCCUCAAAGUCCCCUCGGCUGGAGGGAGGAAGAAGGCCUUCUCCACCUGCAGUUCCCACCUCUCUGUUGUCUUCCUGUUCUACGGGACAACCAUUGGGGUCUACCUCAGCCCCUCAUCUGGUCUCUCGGCACUCAAGGACAAGGCCUUUGCUGUGAUGUACACAGUGGUCACUCCCACGCUGAACCCCUUUAUCUACAGCCUGAGGAACAAGGACAUGAAAAGGGCCCUGAGAAAAGUGUUCUACAAGAAAGUCGACACUUCUCAGUGA